CCACCACUCAUCAAAUCGCCAGCUUUCUGCUGCUGGUCCAGAAACAAGAUACUUUCCAUACAUGGGAGUCCUGACGUCAGGCUUCCUGAAAAGUAUGCGUCGCUUUAACUUCCUUAAGAACUCUCACUGGAGAAGCUGACUGUCUUUAAAGUGAAGCUAAUGAAAUCCACACUUAGCUCAGAGAACCAGGAGUCGGUCAGUCGCCCACCCCGGACAAGAUAUGGGUUGAAGAUCUUAUACCUUUUCACAUAUAAUCUGAUACAGUUCGUUGGAUACUCAUGGAUAUCGACAAAUAUUACUGCCAGAUUCUUGACGUUUGGUGAAGACAGCCUGGUGGACACCUAUCAUUCAAUUGGAACUGUGAUGUCUUUUUGCCAACUGUUAUCAAUUCUGGAAUUGAUCCAUAUACUCCUAGGCAUCGAACAGAGCCCAUUUCUUCCACGACUUGUGCAGGUUACUGAGAGGAACAUAAUCCUUUUUGUGGUCAUCACCAGUCAAGAGGAGAUGCAGGCUAAACCUAUCGUUUGGGGGUUGUUUUCCCUCUGGAGCACCCUGGAUGUAAUCAAGUAUCCAUAUCGCAUGUUAUCUGUCAUAGGAACUGACUUGUACACAUUGUCAUGGCUUCAUCAUUGCCUUUGGAUUCCUGUUUUGCCUUCAAUAUUGCUGACUGAAGUAAUUGCCAUUUACCAGUCACUGCCGUACUUUGAAGCUCUUGGCACAUACUCCUUUCAGUUACCUGGACCAAUUGCUGCGCCCAUACAUUUUCCAUAUGUAUUGCAACUCUACUGUCUAAUACUUGUUUUAGGCACAUAUUGCAGCUGCAGGCACUUUUAUGAAGAGCGAAAACUGAACAAAAGAUACAUAAAGAAACUAAAGCAAAACUAACAAAUCUGAAUUGGUUCCCAUAUCAUUCUCCAGGAUCAGGAAAAAGCUGCUGUGAAUGUGAGAAUCAGUGCUUUUACCCCUUGAGUCUGAGCUUACUCAAAUGAUGCAAAAACUCUUCCAAUGUCAAGUCAAAUGCACUGUGAUGUUCAAUGUUAGGCAAUACCACGCAAAAUAGGCUGAAUCCUAAUCCACAAAAUAUGCUGGAUUGGUGUUAGGUCAAUGGUUAAAACUCCAAAAUUCAGAAAUUUGGAAUCAAUCCCUUUCCUGUAGUUUUAAUUCAGACAUGCUACAAAUCCAUUCACGGUCUGCGGGCUUGUCAAUUUGAUGUUAUCAUUUUAACCUUUGUGCAAGUUUUGAUUCUUGGGUUUUCCAUGCCAUUGGAAAUCUGAAAGGGAUGAAAGUGGAGCACUGCUUAAUGCUUAACAACAAGUUGUCCAGUAAAACAUGCUGCCCAUGAAUAGGAACAAAAUUCAAAAGUACCUAAAAUUCAGGCUUUCUGAAUAAUUAGAUAUCAAAUAUUCCUGCAUUAAAAUAAACUGAAACUUAACCGAGUAUUAAUGAUAAGCUUGAAAGUAUGCAAGCUCUACGCUUGGGUUUUGAACUGCCUGUGAGAAACGGAAGUUGUGAGUGGGUGUGGGUAGACUUUGAAAACAGCGCUCCCGACUGAUGGGUUAGCAUGCAAAAGCCACUGUGGGAUGUGGUUAGAUUUUAAAGGUGAGGAAUGGGAAUGGAUGGGUGGGAACUGGAAACCAACAUACCUCCAGUGAAUGGCCUGCUAAGCUCAUCAAGGAGUUUGUUCACAGGUCAGCCAGAUAACUUUUCACAUCAGAAAUAGUGAAACUCAAACACAAUCUGGUGCAAGUCAGUGCACAGUCUGCGGGUUCGAAAUGGCGAACUAAGUUUUUUGUCGACAGAGCCUUGGACUCAUCCAGCACGGAAACAGACCCUUUGUCCCAACUCGUCCGUGCUGACCAGAUAUCCUAAACUAAUCUAGUCCCAU